AUGGGUAAUACUCACUUAGCGGUGGAAAAUGGAUUACCUGCUCUUGAUAUCGACUCGGCUUCGACUUUGACACACGAUGUCCCAUCUCGAUGCUCAUCUAUGUGCAGAGAGAAGAGAACCACCGAAACAGAAAGACAGCAAUCGCUCGGUCUGGCACAUGACUUGCAUAUCAUAAGAGAUAAAACCACGUUCGAGAAGGCCCAUAACGCUCAAGGGGUGGCCAACUAUAACUCCAUGGCACCAUUCACGAAACAACCACUCCGAAGGCGCUUACAGUCUCUUUUUUCGUCUGGUGGCAAACUCCAGCCAUUCCGGCUGCUGAAGCAAGACGUUUCGAACAUUAAGAAGCGAUAUGUAUCGGAUUGGACUCUCUUCAAUCAGUUGGUUUUUGCGAGCGCUGUCUAUGUCUUCUUCACCAAUAUACUCCCAGGAAUUACUUUUGCUGGUGAUUUACACGUGUUAACGGGCAUGACUUGGGGAACGAUUGAAGUGGUUUUCAGUACGGGAUUAUGCGGUAUAAUAUUCUCGUUAUUUUCCAUCCAACCACUCACUAUUCUAGGGGUCACUGGACCAUUUUCUGUUCUGGCCGAAAAUAUUUACGAGCUCUGCGAGACGUCCUUUCAAGUAGACUUUCUCUCCUUAAUGGCAUGGUCGCUCAUCCACGCUGGUUGGAUGCAUUACUUGCUAGCAAUAUUCAACGCUCACGACUGGACCAUGCAAUACGUGACAACAUUCAGUGGCGAUAUCUUCUCCCUACUGAAUAGUGUUAUUUAUUUUCACAAGGCAAUUCAAGAACUGCAAAGGAACCACGCUGCUGUUUCCUUUGCUUCUUUUCUGUACUCUGUUAUCGGCGCAGUUGGCACUUUCCUACUUGCAGUAACUUUGUCUACGGCCAACAGUUGGAAACCGCUGUUCCAUCGAUAUUUUCGAAUGGGCUUGUCUGAAUAUGCUGCUGCAAUUUCGAUUAUCCUUUUCAUUGGCAUACCUCAUAUUGGUGAACUUGCCACAUUAGACAAGCAAACAUUGGUGGUCCAGACAACUUUUAGACCGUCGAGUCCCAGUAGGGACGUAUUCUUUGUUCGAUUUUGGGAGCUUCCCGUUGAGUGGGUGUUCCUAGCCAUGAUACCCGGAGCUAUCAUCACCGUACUCUUCUAUUUCGACCAUGAGAUCAGUAGCAUCAUUUGUACCAUUGAUCGCUAUGGGACUAAGAAGCCAGGGGGGUUCGCGUGGGAUAUUGUGUUGCUAGGCACCACAACAGCGCUCUGUGGAAUACUUGGGAUCCCACCCGCUAAUGGUCUUUUACCUCAAGCACCUCUCCAUUCAGAGUCGCUGCUCCAUUCCGUAGCGGCUGAAACCCACGUCCAGGACGAGUCAACGGCGCAGGGCAAGGUGGAAGUGGUGGAGAGGCAAGAAAUAUAUGAGCAACGCUGGUCGCCAUUUUUGCAAGCUGCUGCAAUACUCGUCUUCGUCUCGCCGCCCUUCCAGCACGUCCUAGGUCUGACACCGACAUCAGUUCUAGCUGGCCUGUUCCUUUUCAUGGGAGAGCAAUCCCUAGCUGUGAAUCCUAUAUUAUAUAGAUUUUUCUAUAUCCUCACACCGCCGUCUGAAUUACCACCCUUGCCGAAAGGUGUACCAAGUUAUUGGGGGAUCCAUGGAUUUACAGUGGUUCAAAUAUUAAUGACAGGAAUCAUUUUUUACGUCACCUUGACAACCGCGGCUCCUGCAUUUCCCAUUAUCAUAAUCGCUCUCGUUCCAGUAAGACUACUGGUUAUGAACAGAGUCUGGGGAAGAGAAACGUUGAGAUUUGUUGAUGCUUGGGCAUGCAAAAACGGUACACCAGAAGACGACGAGGACGAAAGGAAUAGAAUCACGGGACACAACCGCUCAAACUUUGAGAAUGAGCAAGAUAGAAGCGAAGGCAUUGUGGGAGACCAUCAUGUCUAG